AUGGCUUCCUACACCGUUCCGCAAGAAUCUGAACCCCAUCCACCAGGAUCCUUCCCGACAGACGACACGGUUGGCACACAGGAUUCCAGCUUAACUUCCUCGGGCUCACGUCAUCAACACAAUAAGCUACACAAACGAGAAGACCCAAGGGGAUGGAGUGAGGAAGAGAAGGCAACGUGGGGACAUCAACAUACGGACUCGGGUAUUGGUUUAACAGAUCCGAGCCUUUCAUCAAACCCCAAUAUUCGUGGCCAAGUGGACGAAGGAACUUUCCAAUCGAAUAAUGCUACUACUACAACGAGGUCGCCUAACUACCAAGGAAACGAGGGCAAGCCUGGCGUCAUGACUGGCGCCUAUGGUCACAACAAUGUUAAUAGCGGUGGCAACUACUAUCCAAAGUCGACCGCGGAAGAUACGUCUUCUCAAAACCAAACCAGCGCAAGGGGUAUCGGUGCUGUCGGGCCCGCAACGGGGUUAGCUACUGCUACUGGACAAAAUACAGAGUCAAGGCAAAUGCCUGAGGAUCGUAACACCAUUCGGAAUGGCUUACGUCAAACCAGCAACGUUGAGCACGAGGAUCCAUAUUGGGGUGACGUUCCCCACGGUACUGGCAUCUAUAACACAGUUACUGGACAUGGUAGCUCUGAGACAGCUACUGAAGGUUCCCUUCAUUCGCAUGAUCCUCUGAGUCACGAGCAGCAGCGUGCAUUCCCACUUGCAACUUCUAACAACGCUCCCCACGACGAGACCGGUCACCGUACAGAUUCACGGUUUAAGGAGAACCUAGGCGAAUCCACUACAGGUGCAGCUGCUGGUCUCACCACCUACGAACUUGCUGAAAGGCGGCGAGACCAUCAACAUGAGGACGAUCUGAAAGAGCCUACCGCCCGCAAGCACCACGGAGCAGAUACCAAAAAGGAGAGUAAAAUCGGUGGCUUAUUCCAUCGGGAUCACAAGGACGAGAAGGAAACCAAGUCUGAGAAGCUCAAGGAACCAGUUCCUAGUAAAGAUGACAGAUCGUUAAGAGAAAGGGACGCCGGCGUAGCUCUCGCAGCCGCUACUGGAGCAUAUGGUGCGAAGAACCACGCCGACAAGCAUGACAAGAAAACUAGAGAAUCUGAGCAUGAUGUUGCAGACGAAAAGGCGAAUGCACUUUAUCAGCAUCCUAAUGAGAAGAUUGACUCGAAGGAUCCUUUUAUCGCGGCUGGAUACAAAGAGCCUGGCAGUCAGGGUUCUACAAAGAUUACGAACAACGCUUAUCCCCCUUCUGAAGAUGUGACCACGAGAGAUCACCCCUUUACUACCUCUCAGACCACAGAGAAGCUUAACGAAAGAAAUGAUUCAAAGCUUGGCUACGGCCUCGCAGCUGCUGGUGUAGGAGCCGGUGCUGGGUAUGCUGCCCAGGAGCACAGCCACAGGGACAGCGACAAGAAUAAGGUGCAUCCCAACCAGCAAGCAUUCCACGAUUCGACGACGGCGUCAAAGGCAACUACGCAACCAUCGGACGCAGGGUACACUAUCGGCAAGCCUCAACUCGCAGUAUUUUCUGGCACCGGAGAGGCCACCGCUCCCCAUGACAAGACGCAGGGUCUACCACAGACGAGUUCCGGCGCUAACCGCUCUAUCGAUGACCCUAGCCAUCAUGGCGAGUAUAACGUCCUGCAAGACGGUACUCCCUCCGGCGUUAACAUUGGAGAUCAUCAUUACGGCGACAAGAAGAAUGUGGCAUUUUCGUCACAGGAUGCUACGCGCGGCGCCGUGACGAAGGAUAACCACACUGGUGCUAAAGCAGCGGUAGCCGGUGCUGGUGUUGCUGGCGCGGGCACUGCGGCUCACUACACUGGCGAGCGUAACAGCAACACUUCAUCCGCGCCCUAUGAGGUCUCUGGCGCCAACGGUCGCGCACCUACGCACUUGAUCCAUGACAGCACUUACAAAACCCUGCCGACCGGCACUCCCUCCGGUAUUAACGUCGACGACGGCCAACAAUAUGACAAGCACAAUGUCGCUACGUCGUCUCCUACCAGUGCUACACGAGGCGCUGUAGAUGACAACAACCACAGCCGAGCCAAAGCUGCUGCUGCUGGUGCCGCCGGUGUAGUUGGUGCCGGAGCCGCUGCAAAGCACCACUCCCAGCGCGACACUAACAAUACCACCGCCGUCCCAUCCACCACCACAUCUCACGACCGCCAGUCCCCCACCACCAGGUCCAACCGCGCAUCGAGCCACUCCAGCCACGGCGGACAAUACAACGUCCUCCCAUCCGGCACACCCUCAGGCAUCAACAUCGGCGAGCGCGACGGCCUCGGCCGCAAGAGCCUCGAUAACACUACCAGCAAGGCCAAGACACCCGCAACCGCAUCUCAUCCCACUGCUACGAGCGCGGUCCCCGCUUCGAAGAAGGAUGCCACUACUAGUACGUCGGCGGCAGUCAUCCCCGCACGUUUGAAUCCCGCGGACAAGGUGCUGCAUCGGUGCAGGAAGUGCGGCGAGGAGAAUGAUAUCACGGGGUACUUCCGCGUAUAAGAGGGAGAAUGAUGGGUAUGAAUAAUGAGAGAGUAUAUGCUAUGACUACUUGGGCUGGGACUAGGACUGGGAUAUGAACUGUAUAAGACACUGGUCA